CGGCCCCUCGGCUGGACGCUCGAACACUUCCAGUAGUAGUUACAUAGCGACCAGAGUCACCAGAUCAAUUGUGCACACACUCGAGACCGACGGUAGCAUUCGCGGCCGGGGAGCUAGCAGUAGUGGAUCCAUGGCCGUGGGCGCGGCGAGCAGGCGGUACAUCGGGCCCCUGCUGUGCAUCAACCUCGUCAUGCACGCGGCCGUCCUCGGCAUCGCCGGCUGGUCGCUCAACAAGUUCAUCGACCGCGAGACGCACCGCCAUCUAGGAGGCAACACGGCGACGGGGUACCUGCUCGUCUUCUCGCUCAUGGCCGGGGUGGUCGGCGCCUGCUCGGUGCUUCCCGCCCUACUCCACGUCAGGGCGCCCUGGCACAGCGAGAGCCUCGCCGCCGCCGCCUCCACCGGGCUCGUCUCCUGGGCGCUCACCGCCCUCGCCUUCGGGUUCUGCCCUACACUCGCACCGCCAGUAAUCCUCGCGUGCAAGCACAUCACUCUAGGGAACCGAGGAAGGCGCCUGAGGACGUUGGAGGCGUUCAUCACGAUCUCGACGCUGACGCAGCUCUUCUACCUGCUUCUGCUCCACGCCGGCGCCUUGAGCAGCGUGCAUGGAGUUGGACAGGCCUGCGGGAACCACGGCGAAGCCUGCUGCCGCGAGAUCCCUCGGGGAGAGCUCGCCGCGGACCAUAAGACGGCGGGAGGGGUUCCGUCCCCGGAUGCAUGACCAAAACUACCGGGAACUCGAAUUGUACUGAGUGCCAACAACUGUAUCGGGUGCAGUUCAUCGGGCACUCGGUAUAGUGAGCAAUUUACCAAGCGCGGGAUGACACGCUCGUGUAUUUCCGUAGGCACUUGGUAGACAAAUAACACUCAGGACAAUAGGGAUACAUGCCAUCUGAGACCAGAUGAUGGAAAUACAGACGGACUUUUUAUCUA